UCAGAUUAAUGUUUUGCAGCCAGAAAAAAAACCCUCUGGAAAGCUGGCAAGCGUUCAUAAGUCAGCCUCAGAAUUAUGUAGGUUGAAGGCUCCCCAGUGGACAGAGUGAAUAUAUAAGAGGGAAAGCAGAAGUCUGGUGCAGUUGCAUCUCAGAGUCUAGGGAUGGAGGGAGCACAGAACUGAAAGCUCUCUUCAGUCUGAAUCUUUAAGGAGUGCGUUUGGGAGCUAAGUAAGCUGAUUUAUGAUAACUGCUUUAAACACUGGCAACAAGGAAGGCGUAAGAAUUAGGAGUUGCUGACAAUUCAAUAUGAAGGACAACUUUGGUUUUGUCGCCACCAGCAAAAAUGUCACCAGCAGCCUUCCUUUUGAUGGUCUCAACAUAUCUGCCACCAAUGAGUCUGUCUUUAACUGCUCGCACAAACCGUCGGAUAAGCAUUUGGAAGCAAUUCCUGUGCUCUACUACACUAUUUUUGUCAUUGGCUUUGCUGUUAAUAUUGUUGUGGUCUCACUGUUCUGUUGUCAAAAGGGCCCUAAAAAGGUUUCCAGCAUUUACAUCUUCAAUCUGGCUGUGGCCGAUUUACUCCUUUUGGCUACCCUCCCUCUCUGGGCAUCCUAUUACUCUUACAGAUAUGACUGGCUCUUUGGUCCUGUGAUGUGCAAAGUCUUUGGUUCUUUUCUGACCCUGAACAUGUUUGCCAGCAUUUUUUUCAUUACCUGCAUGAGUGUUGACAGGUACCAAUCAGUUAUCUACCCUUUUCUGUCUCAAAGAAGGAACCCCUGGCAAGCAUCUUAUGUAGUUCCCCUUGUCUGGUGUAUGGCCUGUUUGUCCUCAUUGCCAACAUUUUAUUUCCGAGAUGUCAGAACCAUUGAAUACUUAGGCGUGAAUGCUUGUAUUAUGGCUUUCCCACCUGAGAAAUAUGCCCAGUGGUCUGCUGGGAUUGCCUUAAUGAAAAAUAUUCUCGGUUUUAUUAUUCCUUUAAUAUUCAUAGCAACGUGUUACUUUGGAAUCAGAAAACACUUGCUGAAGACCAAUAGCUAUGGGAAGAACAGAAUAACCCGUGACCAAGUCUUGAAGAUGGCAGCUGCUGUUGUGUUGGCGUUCAUCAUUUGCUGGCUUCCCUUCCAUGUUCUGACCUUCCUGGAUGCUCUGGCCUGGAUGGGUAUCAUUAAUAGCUGUGAAGUUAUAGCAGUCAUUGACCUGGCACUCCCUUUUGCCAUCCUCCUGGGAUUCACCAACAGCUGUGUUAAUCCCUUUCUGUAUUGUUUUGUUGGAAACCGCUUCCAACAGAAGCUGCGCAGUGCGUUCAGGGUUCCCAUUACUUGGCUCCAGGGCAAGAGAGAGACUAUGUCUUGCCGAAAAAGCAGUUCUCUUAGAGAAAUGGACACUUUUGUGUCUUAAAUCUUUUAAUGGGAUGCAUGUAAUCAGCUUAGCUGUUAGUUUGGAGGCCCCCACAAAUAAUCUUUAAUGGGCAUCAGUAUAAUAUGUUUCUUUGCCUUAGCUAAUCUUUACUUACAGAAAAGGAAAUCAAGUAUAACUGUAAAUUUUUAUACUCCACCAACUUUCAGUGGUUGUGCCUUGUUUUUCUGGUCCUUUGUCACAAGCUAUAUCUAUAAUCUAGAAGUAAUUGGAGCUAUCUCAAAUACAAUUAGUAACAAAUUAUGAGUAGUGAUUUGGAGUCUCAGAUUUCUCCCUGGAAAAUGCUGGCAUUUCUUAGUGGAGUUUUAUGUGCAUUUUCAUCAGAGUUUUCUUUCCUCUUGGACAAGGGCCAGUUUGACUUUUUUCAUUGUUCACCAUACAAUACAGCAUGAGAGGUGAGCACUAAGUUUAGCAUGAUAUACUUUUCAAUAUAUUUCUUAGGUUGCUAGUGGUUUAUUCAGUCUCUCAAUGUAUGGCUUCUCCUUUUAAAAAACCUGUAAAUUGUGUUUCUUUUCAUUUCACUUGAGUACAGUUUUGUACUUACUACACAUCUACAUACUGAGUAGCUUUAGGAAAGUAGAUAAAAUUUCAUAUAGGUGUUUUAGCUUGUUUUGUGGUUUUAGAAACUAUACUACUUAGUUAAACAGAACUGCAUUGAAAAAUAUUGUAUUACUCACUAAACUGAAUAUAUACUUUUUAAACUUUCAAUCCAUUUUGACUAUUGUUUAAAGCUUUUUAUUCUCCUCAAAUGAUUUUUGACUACAACAACAAAACACUGUGUAUUAUUACACUAUGUAAAGGUCACAUUUUACAUUUUUAACCUUUCCAAUGUGGUGCUUUGAUAUAUUCAAUGGUGACUUGAGUUUAAUUAUUCAUGUUUUUGUUCUGGGCUGCCUCCCAAAAUAUCUCGUUGACCCUGAAAAAGAGAGGAUUCUUUAAUUCUUUAACUUUGCAAUCAACUGAAAACUGGCAUACGAAAAGGUUAUGUCAGAAUGGAAUUGUGAUGCCUUCUGGGGGGCAAAAAGACCCAGCAAAUGGUAAGUUUCGUGUCCUACAAAGAACUUAUCAGAACAAAGAUCCCACCCCACACCCCUGGUGCCCCAUGGAGGAGGUUGAACCUGCAUCUCUGGGCACAAUUCCAUAAUGGAUAAUAGUCUGUGAAGGUGAUUUAAAUCAAGCACAGAUCCACAGAGCUCAUUCACAGCAUGAGUACAUCUCUUACAUUAGAGGAAUUUAUUGCCUGAAACUGAGUUACCUGAAGUUUACUCAAACUCGAGAAUGAAUAUUAAUCCAGAAGUUUCAAAUUUCCUUCUCUGCCUGUCCCAUAUUAUACCAGGUUACCUAAGACCUGCCUGGAGUUAUGAUGACUUGUGUGGUAGAUUUAAAUUUAUGGGGACUUAACAUUUCUGUCAGAUUCCAGGCUUUUAGGUUGAAGAAUCCUCUCAUACCCCUUCUCAGAAAAACCCUGAUUUUAUGUAAUCAUAUUCUUUUAGUAAAAACAAAUAGCUAAAUAUAUAAUCAGUUAUGACUUUUUGUUUUAAAUAAUCGUACUCAACAUUUCAUAAAAAUAAAAUCAUUAUUGGGA